AUGGGCUAUCAUAUGGUCUUUGAUAGGAAGAGUCUAAGCUUUGGCUGGUCUAGAUCCAAUUGUCAAGAUAGCAGCAUGAGAGACACGGCAAAUUUUACAUCACCGUCCAGCGGUGGAUCACCAGCCUCUAUACCAGCCAAUCAGCAGCAGCAUGUCCCCAAUAAUACUCGUGCUGUACCACCUGCCGUUGCUGAAAAGACACCCUCCAAACCCUCUGCAGCCACACCUGGAUUUAACUCUUGGCAUUUGUUAAAUUCAUCAUCACUGAUAUUUCUUUUGUUCUGGUUAUUAUUUGGUUAA